UUUGCUAAGAGUGAUUAGAACAUCCGUUUAAAGAAUGGUGAUUUCCUCGCCGUAUUUGGCAUUAUUUUUGUUUGCGUUAUAUGACUUUUCAGAAGGUGUUUUUACUCCAAGUAAGCCGACUGUUGAAUUUGAAACUGAAAAAUAUUUUGCUGGGAGACUAUGGUUGGAAAGACUGUAUCUAAAAUGCAAUUUUACACCAUCGUCCGACACCUCUCUCCUUUACAUGGUUAAAUGGUAUGAUGAUGCUCAUAUCGUGUAUACGUCAUCAUUAGUUACCGCUGCAAAUAUCUCGUCAACAUAUUUCAGAAAUGAAAAUGGUUUGCGUGUAGCAUCAACGGUUUCAUGUGCGGUUUUUUCAAAGAGUGGGAGCAAUGACCCAGGGCAUCUAUCUCUCCGAAGUGAAGGUUUCCUUGUGGGGAUUAAAACUGUACCAUCUCCAGUCGAAAUGGUAAGAGGACGAAUGGCUAGAAUCGGGCUUUACCUUACAGUUCCUUUUGGAUGCGUGUUUUACUACCCACAGGACAAAGAGCCUAUUAAUUGUGAGUUAGAAAUUAUAAUAAGCAUUGCAAAAGAGUCCAGCUGUGACCCACAUAUAAUGGUACAGGAUGGAUGUGGUCUUCGAAUAAGGAAAAGAGAAUGGAACGUCACCAACUACAUAACUCUGAAUCUCGUUGAUAAUUACAAAUACAUAAUUCCAUUGCAAUAUCAAAUAACUCUGCAAUCACGAUAUUUUAACUAUGGUAAUGAGUGGAAACAUUUUCAGCAAAACAUUACGAUAUCUCUUGUCGAUGAUAACCACUGGAAGGGUGCAGUUUGCACAAUCAAUAGCCAUGAUGUUUACAUGACAACUUUUAACAACAGAAAAUUUGGCAUUAUUCACGCUGGGACGUACAUCCUUUAUAAAAACAUAGAUUCUGAGGGAAUACAUACAGAAGUAGACGUGAAGUUGCAGUCUUGUGGGGGAGAUAUGUGUAUAUGUGGAGUGGCCGCCAUGGCAGGAGACGAUGUUUACAUUAUUGAUCUUUGUGGAACCCCUAUCUACAUUGGAUUUACGAAAUGCUUAAAUAAUGUUAUUGAUGUCAGUAAAAAUGACGAUCAUAAUUUCAGG